CUCUCUCCGUCCCCCUGUAUUUGUCCACUUUCAUUUUUACACACCAUCCAAUGCACUUCUUUAAUCCAUUUUAUCUUGUAAUUUGUAUAUUAAAAAAUUAUAGAAAUUAUAUAUUAAUAAUCUAUAUGUUAAGACAAAUCAAACAAGAUCACACAUGACUAUAUUUAGGCUUACACAUUGAGAGAAUUUGAUGAGUCAAACAAAAAGAUAAAUCAUUGUUGAAUCAUAUCACUAAUGGCGGCGGCGGACCGGAUUACGUUGGAAGACAUCAAGAAUGAGAAUGUGGAUCUUGAACGUAUACCUGUGGAAGAGGUAUAUCAGCACCUACGUUGUACGAAGGACGGGCUAUCAACCGAGGAAGCUGAACAUAGGCUUCAAGUCUUCGGCCCGAACAAGCUUGAAGAGAAAAAGGAAAGCAAGCUUCUGAAAUUCUUGGGAUUCAUGUGGAAUCCGUUGUCGUGGGUGAUGGAAUGCGCUGCUAUCAUAGCUAUCGCUCUGGCCAAUGGAGGGGGGAAGCCGCCAGAUUGGCAGGAUUUCAUUGGAAUUGUGGUUUUGCUGGUCAUCAACUCCACUGUCAGCUUCAUUGAAGAAAACAAUGCAGGCAAUGCUGCUGCUGCUCUCAUGGCUGGUCUUGCUCCCAAGACUAAGGUUUUGAGGGAUGGGAAGUGGUGUGAGCAGGAAGCUGCAAUUCUGGUCCCAGGUGAUGUGAUAAGCAUCAAGUUGGGAGAUAUUGUCCCCGCUGAUGCGCGUCUUCUCCAAGGGGACCCGCUCAAGAUUGAUCAAUCCGCGCUAACGGGUGAAUCACUGCCCGUAACCAGGAAUCCGGGGGAUGAAGUUUUUUCGGGCUCUACAUGCAAGCAGGGUGAGAUUGAGGCGGUUGUGAUAGCAACCGGGCUCCACACCUUCUUUGGCAAAGCAGCUCAUCUCGUCGACAGUACUAACCAAGUGGGUCACUUCCAAAAGGUGUUGACCUCCAUUGGUAACUUCUGUAUCUGCACCAUUGCUGUGGGGAUUGUGGUAGAGAUUGUGGUGAUGUACCCAAUCCAGCAUAGGAGAUAUAGAGAUGGGAUUGACAAUCUGUUGGUUCUCCUCAUUGGGGGCAUCCCCAUUGCCAUGCCAACCGUCUUAUCGGUGACUAUGGCGAUUGGGUCCCACCGCCUCUCCCAACAGGGAGCCAUCACCAAGAGGAUGACCGCCAUUGAAGAAAUGGCUGGGAUGGAUGUCCUCUGCAGCGACAAAACCGGGACCCUCACCCUCAACAAACUCACGGUGGACAAAAAUCUAGUUGAGGUGUUUGUGAAAGACAUGGACAGAGAAGGCUUAAUUCUUCAAGCAGCCAGGGCUUCCAGGGUGGAGAAUCAGGAUGCCAUCGAUGCUUGUAUUGUGGGCAUGCUGGCUGAUCCCAAGGAGGCAAGGGCCGGAAUCCAGGAGGUGCAUUUCCUUCCCUUCAAUCCUGUAGAGAAGCGCACAGCAAUCACUUACAUAGACUCUAAUGGGAAUUGGCAUAGGGUCAGCAAGGGUGCACCAGAACAGAUCGUGGAGCUUUGCGAGCUGAAAGGUGAUGAAAAGAACAAAGCCCAUAGCAUUAUUGACAAGUUCGCUGAUCGUGGCCUUCGUUCUCUUGCUGUCUCCCAACAGACAGUACCAGAAAAGACAAAGGACGGAAAGGGAGGACCAUGGAUCUUUGUUGGUCUGUUGCCUCUAUUUGAUCCACCAAGACACGACAGCGGAGAGACAAUCAAACGCGCUUUAGACCUCGGCGUGAAUGUUAAGAUGAUCACUGGUGAUCAGCUAGCCAUUGCUAAGGAGACAGGUCGACGACUUGGCAUGGGAACCAACAUGUAUCCCUCUUCCUCUCUUCUUGGACAACACAAGGAUGAAAGCAUUGCUACCCUCCCUGUUGAAGAGCUCAUUGAGAAGGCUGAUGGCUUCGCAGGAGUUUUUCCAGAGCACAAAUAUGAGAUUGUGAAAAAGCUGCAAGAGAGAAAGCACAUAUGUGGGAUGACCGGAGAUGGUGUGAACGACGCUCCAGCAUUGAAGAAAGCAGAUAUAGGCAUCGCUGUUGCAGAUGCGACAGAUGCUGCACGGAGCGCUUCCGAUAUAGUCCUUACAGAGCCAGGCCUGAGUGUGAUCAUUAGCGCUGUCCUAACGAGUAGAGCAAUCUUCCAGAGGAUGAAAAACUACACCAUUUAUGCAGUCUCCAUAACUGUCCGAAUCGUCCUAGGCUUCAUGCUCAUUGCCCUUAUCUGGGAAUUCGACUUCUCCCCAUUCAUGGUUCUCAUCAUUGCCAUUCUCAAUGAUGGAACCAUCAUGACUAUUUCCAAGGACAAGGUGAAGCCGUCCCCAAUGCCUGACUCCUGGAAACUCAAAGAGAUUUUCACAACUGGGAUUGUUCUUGGCACGUACUUGGCGGUCAUGACAGUUGUCUUCUUCUGGGCUGCUCACCAGUCAGAUUUCAUCACUGAUACCUUUCAUGUAAGAUCAAUCAGGGAGAGUUACCCGGAGCUCAAUUCAGCUCUAUAUCUGCAAGUCAGCAUCGUGAGUCAAGCACUCAUUUUUGUCACCCGGUCAAGAAGUUGGUCUUUUGUUGAACGCCCCGGUCUACUGCUAGUGGGUGCUUUUGUAAUAGCACAGCUGAUUGCUACCUUAAUCGCUGUAUAUUCAAACUGGGAAUUCGCUAAUAUCCAUGGCAUUGGAUGGGGAUGGGCUUGUGUGAUCUGGGUAUACAGCAUAAUUACCUACCUCCCAUUAGACAUAUUGAAGUUCUUCAUCAGAUAUGUGCACAAAGGCAAGGCAUGGGACAAUGUGCUCAACAGAAAGACUGCUUUCACGAAUAAGAAGGAUUACGGGAGAGGAGAAAGGGAAGCACAGUGGGCCAUGGCUCAGCGCACGUUGCAUGGACUUCAGUCUUCGGAUGCUUCUCAGCACUACAAUGACAAAAACCAUUCCGAACUCUCUGAGAUUGCAGAACAAGCCAAACGACGUGCUGAAGUUGCAAGGUUGAGGGAGCUUCACACAUUGAAGGGGCACGUUGAGUCUGUGGUUAAGCUUAAAGGUCUUGACAUUGAAACAAUCCAGCAGCACUACACUGUUUGAGGAGAGAUGGAGAUUGAGGAAUAUCAAGUGGGAAAAACAAUUUUUGAUCCACUACUUUUGACAGAUUCUUUGUCAACAGUUGAUAACGAUGAAGGGAGUUGUUAAUAACAUCCAACAGAGAUUGUUGGGGUGGUGUUUUUUGUUAUGCAAUAGCACAUAGAGAGUAUUAGGUAGUUUAAGAUUCAUUACAACAACUCAUAUAUACGAUUCUGUAAAACAAUUAUAUUUUCUUUCCUGCUAAUAAAAUGGAUUCCUUUGA